CCGCCUCCUGAUUAAUCAUUGGCGAGAUAGGGGAGAGGAAUCGUAUUCAUAUGGGCUGAAGAGCGGUAGUAGAUGAAUUAAUGGACUUUUCCAUGUUUUUUUGUUUCAAUUUUAUGGCAAGAUAUUUAAUUUCACAUUAGCCUGCAAAUUCUUUCGUGACAUGGAUUGGCUCCUGAUUAACCUUUGAGCAUCCGUGUCGUUACAAGUCCGUCGUUUUUUUUGCUCCCGCUGACUGGCAGUUGGCAAUGUAUGAUAGUAGUCUAUGACUUUCUGAUGUGACUGCAACUAUUGGAGUUGGUUGGAUCAGAAACUUAAAUUCGAGAGUGGGUGUCACGUUUUCACAUUUUACCGACAAUUCGGAGGAGUAGGCUACAAACUAUGGAGAGUGAAACGAACGGUAACAUCUCGAUCACUUCCCAGCUUCACCUGAACAACAGCACCAAUGCGAAUGACAGGGUGGACUCGUACGGGUUUGAGAUGCCUGAGGGUUAUGAGUCCUAUGAGAAGAUGAUGGCUGAGUAUGUAGCUGUGCUCACCAGAAGGUCCAUCAAGUGGUCUAAACUCCUACAGGGGAAAGUCUACGUGGAGAAGAACCUGAAGGUGAAGCGGUAUGUGCGUAAGGGUGUGCCCAACGAGCACCGAGCCCAGAUCUGGAUGGCAGCCAGCGGGGCCCAGGAGCAGCUGGAAAAGAACCCAGGGUACUACCACUCUCUGCUGGGUACCGAGCAGCAGCACGAUGCCAAGCUGGAGGAGACCGUCAGGAUAGACAUGCACAGAACGUUCCCUGACAACGUGCAGUUCCGGAACAGCUCAGAGCCCUGUCUGCAGAAGGCCCUGUACAAUGUGCUGCUGGCGUAUGGGCACCACAACCAGGCUGUGGGAUACUGCCAGGGUAUGAACUUCAUUGCAGGCUACCUCAUCAUCAUCACUAAGGAUGAAGAGAAGUCCUUCUGGCUCAUGGACUCUUUGUUGGGAAGAAUACUCUCUGACUACUACAGCCCGGCCAUGCUGGGGUUGAAGACGGACCAGGAGGUGUUGGGCGAGCUGGUGAGGGUCAAAGCCCCAGCUGUGUGGCAGGCCAUGGCCCAACACAACGUCAUGUGGACCCUGGUGGUCUCCCGAUGGUUCAUCUGCCUCUACAUCGAUGUCCUGCCUGUAGAGACGGUUUUACGGAUCUGGGACUGCCUGUUUUACGAGGGCUCUAAGAUUCUGUUCCGCGUGGCCCUGACUCUGAUCCUCCACCACCAAGCUGAGAUCCUGCAGUCCCGCUCCAUGGUCGAGGUGUGUGAGCGCUUCAAACUGAUCACCCAGGGAGCCUUCACAUACGACUGCCACACCUUCAUGCAGGAAAUCUUCAGGGAACCAGGAAGUCUCUCCAUGGCAACCAUCACUAAGCUAAGGGAGACAUGCCGAGAACACAUAGUGACUGAGAUGUCCAGACUCCGCCCUUGACCACUCCUCCACCACUAAUAACCUCUUAAGGCAAUCACCCUGUGGUUAUCCUGGGCUUGUUCCAGGUCAUCUUCAUUGUAGUUGAGCUACAGAUGAUCAGAUUUCACAUUUGGAGAAAUAACCAGGAACCACAAAUAUGAUGACAUGGCAAUCACUCUUCUGAGAUGCUGAAUUGAGCUGUGUGAUUGUAGUACCCCCAUCUAGCCAAAUAUUAUUUGUAUUGUAAAAAGCAUUAAACUGUUAUCUUGUA